AGCAGUAGAAAAAUUCUGAGAGGUUGUGUUCUACUGUUCUUCGUCUUCCCUACGCGGAAUUUGUUUUCUAGUAAAUAUGGUGAAUACUCCAAGAAUUUCAAGAAAAAUUCUUGUUGCUUCUUUGGUUUUGCGAUUGGGGAUUGAGGAAAAAAGUUUGAAGUUCACAUGUCGGAUUUCUAGGUCACGACUUGUGAAAGAAACACGGAAGAGGAAAGUUGUGAAUUGAGGUAAAUUUUUUUCUAGUGAAUCCAUGGAAUUUGCGAGCAGGUUGUAGACAAUGCUCGACAUUUUGUUGUUGAAGUUUCCGGAGUUCGUGAAGGUAUGAAUUUCUUUGUUUGGACAUCGAUUUGGCAGAAUGUUGGACGCUUUUAAGUUAGUAAUUAGCAUUAUAUUUCAGAUUCAACUACUGGCCUUGGUUUAGAGUUGAAACGGAAGUAAUCGUGGUGAUUUUGAUGAAGGUUUUGUUGUAGAGAUUGUCAUCUUGUAUGAUGUAAUAUUGGUUAUACGAUUUUGUUCUUGCUCUGUUGGAGUUUUGUCAACUACUGGUGAACUACUCAUUGAGUGCUGUCCUGCUAGAGUGUGAAUGGACAAUCUUCAAUGUAAUAAUUGGGCAUUAGGACGUUUAAUUUGUAGAAGAUUUAUAUGAACUAGCCCACUUUAACGAUUCUAGUUCUCUGUUUUUUCACGAUCUGAAAAUGAUGCCUCUGUCUGGUUUUUUCCCAUCCUUUGAUCACUAUGCUUUUCUCAUUUCAAAAUGCAUCAAACACAAACACUUGAAGGUUGGCAUGUCCUUGCACUCCCACCUUAUUAAGUCCGCUCUUUCGUUUGAUCCGUUCCUUGCUAACCGUCUUAUUGACAUGUAUUCCAAAUGUAAUUCUAUGGAAAAUGCACAGAAGGCAUUUGAUGAUUUACCCUUUAAAAAUAUCCACUCGUGGAAUACCAUUCUUGCCUCCUACUCACGUGCUGGAUUUUUGAGUCAAGCUCGUAUGAUAUUUGAUGAAAUGCCUCAUCCAAAUAUUGUUAGCUACAAUACCUUGAUUUCUAGCUUUACUCACCAUGGGUUGUAUGUAGAAGCAAUGGAUAUCUUUUGGCAAAUGCAACAAGAUUUUGAUCGUUUAGUCUUGGACGAGUUUACUUUUGUGAGUAUUGUGGGUACUUGUGCCUGUUUGGGUGCUUUGGAAAUGUUGCGUCAGGUUCAUGGAGCAGCUAUUUUCAUUGGAUUGGAGUUCAAUAUGAUUGUUUGCAAUGCUGUAAUUAAUGCUUAUGGUAAAUGUGGCGAACCGGGCACGUCAUAUUCUGUUUUUAGUAGAAUGCAGAAGAGAGAUGUUGUUACCUGGACCUCCAUGGUUGUAGCCUAUACUCAGACAUCCAAGUUAGAUGAUGCUUUUCGAGUGUUCAGGAGUAUGCCAGUAAAAAAUGUUCAUACAUGGACUGCUUUGAUUAAUGCUUUUGUGAAAAACAAGUAUAGCAAUGAGGCCCUGGAUUUGUUUCAACAAAUGUUGGAGGAAAAAUAUUCUCCUAAUGCUUUCACAUUUGUAGGUGUUUUAAGUGCGUGUGCAGAUCUUGCUUUGAUAGCAAAAGGGAAAGAGAUUCAUGCAAUCAUAAUCAGAAGGAGCAGCGACCUUAAUUUUCCGAAUGUAUACAUGUGUAAUGCUUUAGUUGAUUUGUACAGUAAGAGUGGUGACAUGAAAUCAGCUAGGACGUUGUUUAACUUGGUUCCUAAAAAGGAUGUAGUCUCGUGGAAUUCACUAAUAACUGGGUUUGCACAAAAUGGGCUCGGAAGGGAAGCACUUAUUGCAUUUAGGAGGAUGAUAGAAGUAGGGAUAAAGCCUAAUGAAGUGACGUUUCUUGGUGUGCUGUCUGCCUGUUCCCAUACUGGUUUGUCAUCUGAAGGAUUAUAUAUUAUGGAGUUAAUGGAGAAGUCUAAUGAUAUUAAGCCUAGUUUAGAUCAUUAUGCAGUCUUGAUUGAUAUGUUUGGAAGAAAAAAUAGACUUGCCGAAGCAUUGGAUUUAAUAUCCAGGGCACCCAAUGCAUCAAAACACAUCGGUAUAUGGGGUGCAGUUCUGGGGGCUUGUCGAAUACACGACAAUUUGGACCUGGCUAUAAGAGCUGCAGAAACUUUGUUCGAGAUGGAACCAGAUAAUGCUGGAAGAUAUGUAAUGUUAUCUAAUGUCUUUGCAGCAGCAAGUAGAUGGAUGGAUGCCCAUAAUGUGAGAAAACUUAUGGAAGAAAGAGGUUUCAAGAAGGAAGUAGCACAAAGCUUCAUAGAAAUAAGAAACUUUGCAGAGAUGAAAUUGAGAAAUAAUUUCCCCGCAAGAGGGAAGCAUUGUUCCUUUGUUAUGGCUGCUCUUGCAUUCACCAUCGUGGUGUUGUGGGCGUGGGGGGAAAAUUCUUUUAUUACCACUUCUCAGUCAGUUCAAGCAUGGUAUAGAACUUCUUAUUCAGGGUUCAUGGUAGGUUCCACAUACAGUUCUGUAAUACCUGACACAGUAAAAGAGAACACUGAAAAAACAUAUUCAAAUUCAAGUACAAAAGAAGAGACCGUAAAAGAUGAUGCACAUUCAGAAGUUACACACACAUAUGCUGCAUCCACAAUAAAUUUUAACAGGAGCAAGAGUAGUGAGAACAGUAAGUACUUAGCCCAAACUAGUGGUGCUGCUUUCGAAUCUACUUUAUUUUUUUAUUUCUUAAACUUUUCAGCCUGUAGCUAUGGAAAUGGUGAAUGGGUCCUUGACGAUAGUCGACCGCUAUACUCUGGUUUUGGAUGUAAGCGAUGGUUAUCAGCAACAUGGGCUUGUAGACUGACCGAGCGGACUGAUUUUUCCUAUGAAAGAUAUCGUUGGGUUACCAAAGAUUGUGAAUUGCCAGCAUUCGAGCGGUCUGAAUUCCUGAAAAGAAUGCAGGACAAAACCAUUGCAUUUAUUGACGAUUCAUUAGGAAGACAGCAAUUUCAAUCUUUGAUGUGUAUGGCCACGGGUGGGGAAGAGAGUCCUGAAAUUAAAGACGUAGGAAAGGAAUAUGGUCUUGUCAAAGCUAAGGGCGCUAUUCGUUCAGAUGGGUGGGCAUAUCGUUUUCCGAGUAUCAAUACUACUAUUUUAUACUAUUGGUCAACAAGCCUCAAUGAGUUAUUGCCAUUGAACAUGUCAGACCCAGCCACUAGUGUAGCCAUGCAUCUUGACCGUCCGCCAGCAUUUUUGAGAAACUUCCUCCAUUUGUUUGAUGUGUUGGUUCUUAAUACUGGACAUCACUGGAACAAAGUAAAAGUUAGAGAAAAUAGGUGGGUGAUGUACAAAGAUGGAAUUCGUAGUGAACUUGAUAACUUGAAAGAAAUUGACACAGCUAAGAAUUAUACUGUGCACAGUAUUGUCCAAUGGCUGGAUUUGCAACUCUCCUCUCAUCCCCGACUCAAGGUUUUUUUCAGGACCAUAUCUCCUCGCCAUUUUCGCAACGGGGAAUGGAAUAACAAAGGUAGCUGUGUCAAUACCACACCGUUAUCAAGAGGAAGCAAAGUAGAACAAAAUAGAUCAAACGAUCCAAUUGUUGAGAGUGCUGUAAGUGGCACACAAGUAAGGAUGUUGGAUAUAACUGCUCUUUCCGAUCUGAGGGAUGAGGCUCAUAGAUCCCACUACAAUAUCAAAGGAACUUCGGGUGGUAGUGAUUGCUUGCAUUGGUGUCUUCCCGGUAUUCCGGACACAUGGAACAUGAUUCUUUUUGCUCAAAUGUAGCUUCCUUUGUCUUAAAAGUUCACUUUUGGACAUUCAGCUUUGCUUCCUAGUAAGACAUCUUAAUUUGUAGCCUCGAGCGAAGAUAAUAACUUUGAGGUGGGUUUGUUAGCUAGGAUGCUCUUCUGAAUUAAAUAAUUGUUUUGUAUGAUAAAGAAAAUAUAAAUGAAUACACUAUUAUUAGAAAUGAGAAUUGAGUG